AUGAGAACUUCAAAAGAUAAAAUAGCAAUGUCAUUCGUUAUAAAACCUGAUGAAACUAUUGAAAAUAUUGAUGGCACACCCAUAGAUGUUAAAGAAGUUUUCAAAACUGCAAUAGUUAUAUUAGGAAACACAGGCAAAUAUAAAAGAACUAAAGAACCUGUCACUAAAGAAUGCCAGGCGGGUUUAAUUCGGAUUAAUGAAACAACUUAUAACCUCAUCGAUACUCCAACAGUAUUCAAUAACAUGGGCUUGAGUGAUAUUAGAAAUGAUAAUGUAUUAAAAAAGAUUGCUGAAACUAUUCUUGUUUGCUCAUACGGAAUUCAAGCAAUGAUUUUCGUUGUUGAUAUAAAACAACGUGUGGAUUUUUCAAAGACGUUCAAAGUGAUUAAAGCAUACCUUGGUGACAAAAUUCUCGAAAACACAAUUGUAGCAUUUACAAAUCUUAGUAAAAAGCAAACCGAAAAUCCGCAACUUCCUGAAACUCUUAAUCAAGGAAUACGAGAUCUUUUGACUUCUGUUGAAAAUAGGUGGUUCAUUUCGCCUAAUCCGGAAUUGUACAAAAAAGAUAGCAAAAUCGUACUUGACAAUAUGAAAAAGGCUAAGGAGUUGAUAAGUGGGUUCAAAAGUGCAUAUACUACAGCUAUGUUCAACGAAAUUAGGGAGGCAGAGAAUAGAGAAGCGGCAGCUCGUAAUGCAGCAAAUGACGGUUGUUUCAAACUUGAUACCAAAGUCAUGCUUAUAAAUAAAAAAGUUGUUCCAAUGUCUUCGGUUCGCAUUGGAGAUCGAGUUUGUUGUGGAACAAUUGAUGGGAAGUUAAAGUUCUCUGAAGUUUAUUCUAUCGCUCAUCGCAGCUUUGAAAUUACCAAUGAAUUUUUAAAGGUUGAAUUUAUGACAAUUGAUGGAACUAGAAAAGGAUCGCUUUAUUUAACACCAGAGCAUCAUAUAUUCGUUAAUAAUAAAUUUGAUUACGCAAAAAACUUAAAGGGAUUUCACACGAUACAAGUUCUCGUUAACACAAGACUAAUUCAAGCUUAUGUUAUGAAUUGUUCUAGAGAAUAUCAUAAAGGAUACAUUGCAAUUUUUACGAGGUCUGGUACAAUCAUUGCAGACAAUGUACUUUGUUCUUGCUAUGCGGUUUGUCCACCAUAUCAAAGUAUCAUUCAUCUUUCAUUAUUGCCACUUCGGCUUUUUCCAAAGUUUGGAGAAUACACUAUUAUAGGUAGUAAUGAUGAAGAGAUUGAUGAAGAGAUUCACUCAUACCUCUAUUUCUUAAUGCGUUUAUAUCAUAUUUUUAAAAGAUUAUUUGAAUUUAUUAAUAUUCGUUCUUGA